CUUCGUAUAAUGAACGCUGUUGAGCAACAUGACGACUAUUUUAUGCAGAAGAGAAAUGCAGCUGGUGUGCUAGGACUAUCUUGUCUGCAGAAGGUCGUUGCAGCUUUUCGUAUGUUAGCUUAUGGAGUACCGGCUGAUGCUUUGGACGAGUACAUCCGUAUUGGUGAGAGUACCUCUCUGGAAGCUUUGAGAAAGUUUGUAGUAGCUAUUGUUGAGGUUUUUGGACCGGAGUACAUGAGAUUGCCUAAUAAACAGGAUACCGAUAAGUUACUUGCAAUUGGAGAGAGCAGAGGAUUUCCUGAUAUGCUUGGGCUUGCUGAGGGGGAAGGCCCACAAGUUAAUUAUAACAUCAAUGGACAUGAUUAUUCAAUGGGUUAUUAUCUAGCAGAUGGCAUAUAUCCGUCGUGGGCAACUUUUGUUAAGACCAUUCCAGAGCCACAAGGUAAUAAGAAAAAAUAUUUUGCAAAGGCACAAGAAGCGUGUCGAAAGGAUGUUGAAAGGGCAUUUGGGGUUCUGCAAUCACGCUUUGCUAUUGUUCGUGGGGCAGCUCGUUUGUGGGAUGAAGACACCCUCCAUGAUAUUAUGAUGGCUUGCAUCAUAAUGCAUAACAUGAUUGUUGAAGAUGAGCGAGAUGAGUACGGAGGACAAUAUGAGUACAAUUUUGACGAUAUGGGACAUUAUGUUUGCAACUAUGACGAUAUGGGAGAAAGGGUGACAGUUUCACAUAAUGCUGCACCUGAACUUGAUGCUUUCAUUCAAAAUUACAAAAACAUCAAGAAUAAGGAAACACACUAUCAACUCAAGGCAGACCUGAUCGAGCACUUGUGGCAAAAUCAUUCAGAGUUAUACAAUAUUGAUUAA